AUGUCAAGAAGAUUUGUACGGUCGAUACGAAAUAUCAGUGCUACCCCAGCAGAAAUCAAAAUCAAAUCAGCUACAAGUAAUGAUUCAUUCGGUCCAACUACAAGUGAUUUAAAUGAAAUUGCACUUUUAACAAUGGAUAAUAAACAUCUACGACAAAUCAUCACAGUGCUAACAAAGAGGUUAAAUGAUUCCACUAAGAAUUGGAGACAUAUAUUGAAAAGUCUUACUGUUAUACAAUAUUGUCUUCUUGCCGGCUCAACCGAAUUUGUUUAUUGGGUUCAAAAUAAUUCAUAUUUAAUAAAGACAUUGAAGGAAUUUCAAUGGAAAGAUUCAAAUGAGAUAGCAUAUCAAAUAAGGUCAAAGGCUAAAAAAAUUACAAGUUUAUUAAAAGAUGAUAACUUAUUACAAUCCAAAAGGGCAAAUUAUCAUAUUUAUAGAACAAAAAUGUCACAACCAAGUUCAGGUAAAAGGUCCUCUUUAGAUAUAACAAGAACUGAUGAUUUGAAUGUUCAAUCCUUGGAAAGUCCAAUUAAAUUAACUUCAGAUGCACCUUGGAGUAGAGCUACAAAGAGUAUGGAAAUUAGAAGAUCUAUUGAUUGGGAUGGUAAUAGGAAUGUUGGUAGAGGUAGUGAUGAAAUAUCAAGAAUUUUAGCAAAUAUUGAUGAAGAGUAA